CUAGCAGUAGCAGCCGCGCACCGCGAGUCCACGACUGUUUGCCGGAGGCGUUGCAACCGUCGGCGGCGAUCAUGACGGACUACGAAGCCAUCGGCGACCAGAUCAUUGCCUGGGCCCUCGUGGGCAGCGAUGUCACCGACGAGCCCGUGAAGGGCUGGGCGCUGGGCUCCUUCACGACGGCGAUCAGCAUCGCGGGCGCGUACCUCGCGUUCGUGCUCGUCGGAUCCCUCAUCAUGCGCGCCUACCCCGGCGACGGCAUCAAGCUCUACGGCGUCGCCUUCCUCUACAACAUCGCGCAGGUCAUGCUCUGCUCGUACAUGUGCAUCGAGGCGGUCAUCGUCGCGAAGCGGUCGAACUUCAACCUGGUCUGCAACUCCUACGACGCCAAGCACCCGCCCAUGGCCAACGUGCUCUGGCUCUUCUACGCGUCCAAGGUGCUCGACUUCGUCGACACGUUCUUCAUCGUCAUCGGCAAGAAGUGGAAGCAGCUCUCGUUUCUCCACGUCUACCACCACACGACCAUCUUCCUCUUCUACUGGCUCAACCUCCACGUGAACUACGACGGCGACAUCUACCUCACCAUCGUCCUCAACGGCGCCAUCCACACGAUCAUGUACACGUACUACUUCGUCUCCAUGCACACGCGCGACAUCUGGUGGAAGAAGUACCUGACGCUGGCCCAGCUCGUCCAGUUCACGUGCAUGAACGCGCAGGCCAUCUACAUGUUCGUGACGGGCUGCUCCGCGACGCCGCCGCGCGUCACGGCCAUCUACUUCGUCUACAUCAUCUCCCUCUUCAUCCUCUUCCUCCAGUUCUUCAUGUCGUCCUACGUGCCCAAGAAGAAGAAGCAGUGAGCCUUCCUGUCCGUCGUCGUUGUGCCCGCCACCUUUGCCACUCUCGCGGCGCGGCCCAUUCGCCCUAAGCGCCGCGUCGAGGG